AAUGGUAAUGGCAAGUGAUUUAAGCCAUCCAUGAGUGACUGUGAAACAACAGAAGAGAGACGGAAGCAGGACUGUCAACAACGCAAGUCCUGAGAGGGGUACGAGGAGAAAAAUUUAGUGUGCGUGGACAUCAUCAGCCACAAUGAGCAUUCUUAAGGUGUUCGCUGUUGCCCUUGUGCUGUUCGGAACCAACUGUCUUUCUGCUAAGAUAAAGAGGUCACCACAAGGUCCACCUUCAGGACCACCUGGUCCACCUUCACGACCACCUUCAGGACCACCUUCAGGACCACCUGGUCCACCUUCAGGACGACCUGGUCGACCUUCGGGACCACCUUCAAGACCACCUGGUCCACCUUCAGGACCACCUUCAGGACCACCUGGUCCACCUUCAGGACCACCUUCAGGACCACCAUCUUUUCCACCAAUUAUUGGGCCACCAGGGCCACCAGGGCCAGAGGGUCCACAAGGACCACCAGGGCCACAGGGUCCACCAGGGUCAGAAGGUCCACCAGGUCCACCUGGACCAGACGGUGAGCCAGGAUCUAAUGGUCCACCAGGACCACCUGGACCAGAUGGUCCCCCAGGGCCAAAUGGGCCACCGGGUCCACCUGGACUAGAUGGGCCACCAGGACAACCUGGAAAAGAUGGGCCACCAGGAUCAACAGGACCACCUGGACCAGCAGGACCACCUGGACCAGCAGGACCAUCUGGACCACCUGGACCACCAGGACCACCUAGUCCACCAGGACCACCAGGUCCUCCCGGGCCACCACAACAAUAUCCAUAUUGGCCUUUUAUGCCAUCCAGGGUACGACCACCUUGGCCACCUAUGCAACCAGCACCUUGGCCACCAGCACCUUGGCCACCUAUGCAACCAGCACCUUGCCCACCUGGGCCACCAACAUAUUAGCCACUACCAUCUUAGCCGCCUGGGCCAUCACCAUGUUCACUGCUUGGGCCACUGCAAUGACCACCUGAUCCAGCAUUUUCUGACCUAUCAUCUUAUCAAUCUGGUUCACCCGGGCCACCCCCACCAUCUUGCCAGGCUAUACCAUCACUCGGACCGCUCUUUAUUUCAUAUCAUAAUUAGCCACCCCAGCAAACAGCAGCCACCAGUGUAGCCACCUGUUGUCGUGGAUAAAAAAUACCGACCGGUACACCAAAUUGUUAACCUGUCCCAUGACCCUUCCUAACUGGACCAGCAUGCUGCAACCUGAAACACCCGCUUGGCCAUCUGUUC